CAGUCACCUUCAAUAUUCUACAAUUCAACAACCACAACACACUCUCCACUCCACCAAGACUGGCACUGCAGCUGUAUUCCAGCUGGCUCUGGUCGGCUUGAGACUCUCACACCCUCAUUAGGACCUUACUUACCAGAACGCCAGCCACAAUGUUCCGCACACCGGCCGUCCGAUCGAUCCCGCGUUCCUUCGCUACUCUUCAAGCUCCAGCACCACGAGCCAGCCUCUCCAACAAUGUCUUCAGAGCGUCCUUGAGAACCUCUGCUCGCUCAGUGAAAGCCACCCGAGUCCUGUCUCUCACCGUCGCCCGACCUUUCCAUUCAUCCCUCGUCAAAUAUGAAGCCAAAGGUGCCGACAAGGCCGCGAAAUGGAAUACCAAACAGUUCGAGGAGGAUUUGGCAAAGCAGACUUUGAAGCCAAUGCCAGAGGCUGUCAGCGCAUCAUCGAGUACUCGCGCCGUCGCCGGUGAAACUACCUCAGAACAUGAAGAUGAUGUGGAUAUGAUGGAAGGCAUUCGUGCUGAUUUUAAAACCAUCAAGGAGACGUUCACCUUGAGGGAUGUUCCUCGCCAAGCUCUUUACGUCGGUUUGGCUGGUGUAGUGCCCUACCUUGCAACAUCUCUCACAACCGUGUAUCUGUCCUUCGACAUUCAAUAUGCAGCAAAUCACGGCCAAGGCUUUUUGUUAUCUGGAGAGACCGCCGAGGCUCUUUUGCACAUCAUUGAGCCGAUUCAGCUCGGCUAUGGUGCUUCCAUCAUUUCCUUCCUUGGAGCCAUUCACUGGGGACUGGAAUGGGCAGGCUUCGGGGGCUACAAAGGCUAUCCUCGAUACUCUAUGGGUAUUGUUGCUACCGCAGUCGCCUGGCCAACUCUGCUGCUCUCAGCUGAGGUUGGCUUGAUUGCCCAGUUCUUGGCUUUCACUUUCUUGUACUACAACGAUGCCAGAGCAGCUGCUCACGGCUGGGCCCCUAACUGGUACGGAACAUACAGAUUCGUGCUGACAUUCAUUGUCGGUGCCAGUAUUGUGGCGUCGUUGAUUGGCCGUGGCCAGAUCGCUGACUUGGUCACUCGACCACCUGGACCUGCGGACCGAAUGAGGGAACUCAGGAAGAAGCAGAUGGAGGAGAUCGGCCCUGAGCCUGAGGGUGAGGAGGAAGAUGAGGAGGAUGGUGAGGAUGAAGAAUAGAGGGGUCCUGGGAUGAGAAGCAGAUCAUUCUCGAGACACUGAUUGUUUACAGGAUCAGUCCAUUAUGUACAUAUUCAGGCAGGAAAUGGAGCUAUUCUUGCGCUUCUCGGA